GCCAUUUUCAUGUUCAGAAUGUGGGAAAUGUUUUAAGAUGAAAUCAGAAUUUGUUAUACAUCAGAGAUUUCACACAGGGGAGAAGCCAUUUUCAUGUUCAGAAUGUGGUAAAUGUUUUAAUAGUAAAUCAGGUCUUGAUAGACAUCAGAGAAAUCACACAGGAGAGAAGCCAUUUUCAUGUUCAGAAUGUGGGAAAUGUUUUAAUCGUAAAUCGGAUCUUGUUAUACAUCAGAGAAUUCACACAGGAGAGAAGCCAUUUUCAUGUUCAGAAUGUGGGAAAUGUUUUAAGAGUAAAUCAGAAUUUAUGGUUACACAUAACAGAAUUCACACAGGGGAGAAGCCAUAUUCAUGUUCAGAAUGUGGGAAAUGUUUUAACCGUAAUUCAUCUCUUCUUCUACAUCAGAGAAUUCACACAGGAGAGAAUUUAUUUUCAUGUUCAGAAUGCGGGAAAUGUUUUACACAGAAAUCAGCUCUUGAUGCACAUCAGAAAAUCCACACAGGGGAGAAGCCAUUUUCAUGUUCAGAAUGUGGGAAAUGUUUUACACAGAAAUCAGCUCUUGAUGCACAUCAGAAAAUUCACACAGGGGAGAAGCCAUUUUCAUGUUCAGAAUGUGGGAAAUGUUUUACACAGAAAUCAGCUCUUGAUAAUCAUCAGAAAAUUCACACAGGGGAGAAGCCAUUUUCAUGUUCAGAAUGUGGGAAAUGUUGUAAUCGUAAAUUUGAUCUUGUUAUACAUCAGAGAAUUCACACAGGAGAGAAGCCAUUUUCAUGUUCAGAAUGUGGGAAAUGUUUUAACCAGAAAUCAGCUCUUGUUAUGCAUGAGAGAAUUCACACAGGAGAGAAGCCAUUUUCAUGUUCAGAAUGUGGGAAAUGUUUUAACCGUAAAUCAGAUUUAUUUUUACAUGAGGUAAUUCACACAGGAGAGAAGCCAUUUUCAUGUUCAGAAUGUGGGAAAUGUUUUAACCGUAAAUCAAACCUUGUUAAACAUAAAAAGACACAUAUAAGAGAAGCCAUCUUAGCCCAUUAG